AUAUUCAAACUCUGGGUCUCGACAUUAUAAGCAGUCAAAGAGAAGUUGCGAACUGCGCCUGAGACGACGUCGGAGGUGACGGAGCUGCCGUCACUGGAGAGACCCGCUCUGACGGCGAGGACGAGCUUGGCGAAGGAGGCUACGAGCGGCAAGGGUUUUCAUUCGAGGUUCAUUCCAAGUUGCCAGAAGCAAAUCAGCGGCUAUGGCUCCCAAAAGAGGUGGUAAAGCUCCAGUUACAGCUGCUAAGAAGAAGCAGGACAAGGUGGUCAACCCACUAUUUGAGAAGCGACCAAAGCAGUUUGGGAUUGGAGGGGCAUUGCCUCCUAAGAGAGACCUGACCCGAUUUGUAAAGUGGCCCAAGACUGUUCAAAUCCAGAGGAAAAAGAGAAUCCUCACGCAAAGGUUGAAGGUCCCACCAGCUUUGAACCAGUUCACCAAAACACUAGAUAAGAACCUUGCAACCAGCCUGUUAAAGAUGCUCCUAAAGUACAGGCCUGAGGAUAAAGCUGAAAAGAAAGAACGACUUUUGAAGAGAGCUCAGGCAGAGGCAGAAGGGAAACCUGCUGAAGCUAAGAAACCUAUUGUUGUGAAAUAUGGUCUCAAUCACGUUACAUACCUUAUUGAGCAGAAUAAAGCUCAGCUGGUUGUGAUUGCACAUGAUGUUGAUCCAAUUGAACUGGUUGUCUGGCUGCCAGCAUUGUGCAGGAAGAUGGAAAUUCCCUACUGCAUUAUCAAGGGCAAAGCACGCUUGGGAUCAAUCGUCCAUAAGAAAACUGCAUCAGUCCUGUGCUUAACUACUGUCAAGAAUGAAGACAAGUUAGAAUUCUCUAAGAUUCUAGAGGCUAUCAAGGCCAACUUCAAUGACAAGUAUGAUGAAUACAGGAAGAAGUGGGGUGGUGGUAUUAUGGGUUCUAAAUCCCAAGCCAGAACUAAGGCCAAGGAAAGGCUUCUUGCCAAGGAAGCAGCUCAGAGAAUGUCUUAAGCUUCAUGUUUCUUGGUUUAGGAAAGUCAAAGUUAUUUGUCUGCAUUUUAUUUUGAUGCUUAGAUUGUUUACACACGAGGUUUUCCUGUGUUAUAGUAGUUUGUGAGCUAAAAUUGAAUGAUGAUUCCUUUGAACUUGAAUAUUGUAUUAAAGUUUUUGGUUCAGAGCUAUCCCAUAAGCUCUAUGCCAUCUAGAUUCUGUUAUUCAUUCUUGACUUGCUUUUUAGUCCCAUUAUCCAAGAGUGAUUCAGGUGGCUUCAUUCUC